AACCCCAGACGGAACUGCAGCAUGUGAAGGUGGAUUUGUUCUCAUUUCCGAGUCUCACACAGGACCAUUCUCACAAAGGAGAAACCCCUCUCAUCUAUGAACGCUGAACCCAUUGCUGAUUCACAAAGAACCAGCGUGGCGAAUUGAUUUGGAAUCGUAAGCGAAAACUCGAACGAUGGGCGAUCAAGAAGCGGUGGUAACGGCAGAAGCGUCUGUGAUGGGAGAGGUGAAGGAAUGGUUAGCGAAGACAUUCGAAGCCGCCGGAAAACCCGUUCCCGAUUUCGAAUAUACUCCUCGCAGCGUCUCGCAUUUGCACCAUCUUAUGACUCUUUCCAAAGCCAAGGACGAAGCUGCGCGUCUCGUCGCUCGCGAUUUUCGCCUCAAAGCCUCUGAAUACCGAUCCCAAGGCAAAUGUGGCUGCAAUUGUGCUUCCAAGACUGCAAUUGCGGAUUGGAAUUUAAAACUUGGAGAAUGACAAUGCUGAUGAUGAUUGGUUACGCUGAAGUUGUGGGCGAAUGUGGCUGCGAUUGUAGUUGUGCAUUGGAUGUCCAAUUUAAAACCUGGGGAAAUGAUAGUGCUUAUGAUGAUUUUUUGUUAGGGUUAUGUUUUCCUUUUCUAUCGCCAAAAUAAGGUUUUAAAUUGCACUUCUAAAACUGUGAUAUGUUGCCCUGCCAGGGCAGGAUGCCAAUGCAAUUUAAAACCUUGAAAUGACAUUGAUGAUAUGUUGUUGGGUUAGGGUUCCUCUUUUCGUAUUCUGUUAGCAAGAUGAUCAUGGUUAUUGAAGUUAUGGGUUAAAAGGUUAAAACCUUUGAAAAUGACCAUGUUGGUGAUGAUUUGUUGUUGAAGUUUUCCUCUUUUACUUUUCUGUUAGCAAAAUGACAAUGGUUACUGGAAUUGGGAGUUAAUGUGGCUGCAAUUGUGGUUGUGGAUUGGAAUUUAAAACCUUUGAAAAUGAUGAUGCUGAUAAUGAUUUGUUCUUGCAGCCGCAAGGAUUAGGGAGAUUUUGGAGAAUGUGGGUUUGGCGCAGGAGGGCUUGCCCUCCAAUGUGGUUGUGACAGCACAAGUUCUUGCGAAUGUUGCCAACUUGUUGAACAUAAGAGAUACUGAAAUGAGUAGCUUUCUUGUAGCAAUGGGUGAUAUUUCCCUGAGGAAGACUGGUGUGGAGGAAAAAAGGGCUAAAGUGCACAAGGAGUCUAAGCUUCUUCUUGAUUACACUAGAAAGGCCAUUGCCAGGCUAACAUAUUUAAAAAGAACACUUGCCCAGUUAGAAGAUGAGGUAGCUCCAUGUGAGGCUCAGAUGGAAAAUUGGAACACAAACUUGCAAGUAAUGGCUGCAAAAGAAAGACAAUACAUGCAACAAUGUGCCAACUACAAGGCGGUGCUCAAUCAUGCCGGUUAUACCCCCGAGGUCAGCCAUAGGGUUUUGGUUGAAAUGGCUGAGCAUAGAAAGGAGCUGGAAAAGAAAACCAAGCCCAUCCUUGACACUCUAAGGAGCUACCAAGAUUUGCCUCCGGAUAAAGCCUUGGCUGCUUUAGCAAUUGAGGAUAAGAAAAGGCAGUAUGCUGCUGCUGAGAAGUAUCUUGAAGAUGUUUUGCAGUCAGCUCUUGCCAAUUCUGGGUGAUAUGGUACUACAAUUUUUAAAGCUUUUUAUUUUUUAUUUUUUUUAAUUUGAUUGCUUUUAACAGUCUAUUUUUUGACUGGAUAAAGAUGUAUAUGAACAAGUGUGUUUCUUAGGUUGGCUUUGCUGGGUUAGAAACAGAUUAGGUGCACUUGUAUUUUAAACUGUUCAUGAUGUAGUCAUCAUCCAAUUAUCAAGACAAAAAACGUGGCAUAUAAUUAUGUCAUAUUUUAUCU